CUGAGCCCGUGACGCGGCCGAGCAGCUCCGGGAUGCGCCGCAUAAAUAGUGGCGGCGGCGGCUCCAGGCGCGGACACGUCGAGGGAGCCCAGCCGCCCUGCGCUUCCCGCUUCCGCGUCCCCGAGGCCCCGCCAUGCGGUGAGCGUCCCUGGCCCUGCCCCACCCGACUCGACGGACGCGCGGCCCCGCCGACACAGGACCUGCAGACACCCCAGGACCCGCAGACAUCCCCCGACCCUCCGGGCCCCGCUCAAGAUGCCCAGAGGCUCCGUCCUGCUGCUCGCCUCCCUGCUCCUGGCAGCGGCCCUUUCAGCCACCCUGGGCCUCGGGUCACCGAUGCCAUCGACAACCACAGGUCAUUUCAAGACAAGCAUGGCCUCGCCGGCAAGCGGGAACUCGAGCCUGAAGAUGAAGCCCGGCCAGGAAGCUUUGACAGACCGCUGGCGGAGAACAACGUCGUGCGCACGAUAAUUGAGUUUCUGACUUUCCUGCAUCUCAAAGACGCCGGGGCCCUGGAGCGCCUGCCCGGUCUCCCCACAGCAGAGUCCGCAGAAGACGCCGAGCGGUCCUGAGCGGGCUCCCGCGCGUCGGUCUCCCCGUGUCAUGCGCAGUCGUGCUCCAGGAGGAUGCCCGUCAUAUGGCAACCGCCCCGUCCCCGCUGCCCUGAUGCUGUGUCCGUACCAUUUCAGGUUUUUCCCCUUUGGUCAUAAGUUUCAGUGGCAAAAUAAAAAAAAAAACCAGCAA